GCGCCCAGCGUAUGAUCGACGACGUACGUACAAGAAGCAGCGCGAGCGUACGCGACGCAACGAUCCAUUGAUCGAUCGAUCGAGACAGACAGACACAAGCUAGCUAGGCUAGGCACGUACCAAUCGCAAUCGCAAUGGAGAUGACUGGUGACUGUGUGUUCACGACGUCGCUCUGCCUCGCCAUCCUCCUCUUGGUGAGCAUUAAUGCACCGGCGCAGGCGGCGGAGUUCGCGCCUACGGAGGAGUGCGCGAACCCGGUGAGCGUCGAGACCGCGUGCCACGGCGCGUCGGAGACGCACUCGGCCGUGGCCUACGAGCACUGCGUGGCGUCGCUGGCGGCCGACCCGCGCAGCAAGGAGGCCGGCGACAUGCACGGCCUGGCCGUGCUCGCUACCAAGCUCGCCAUCGACCACGCCGCCAGCACCGAGUCCAAGAUCGACGACCUCGCCGAGCUCGAGGACUCGCCGCAAGCGCGCGCUCGCUUCAACCACUGCCUCGAUCAGUACGGCGGCGCCGCCGACCUCCUCCGCGAUGCCCUCGACAACCUCCAGUCGCACAUCUACGGCAAGGCCAUCGAGCAACUCGCCGCCGCGCUCGGCGCCUCCGAGAGCUGCGAGGACGCCUGGAAGGGCGAGGAGCGCAUCCCCGUCGCCGGUCACGACAGGGAGUACGGACGGAUGGCGCACAUCGCCCUCGGUUUCACCCACGCCGCCGCAUGAUCUCAAUCAUCCAUCAUCCCCAGAUCGACACGCACGUCCCAGAUCCAUCCAUCGAUACAUAUAUAGAUAUGAUUGAUCUCUUCUUGUUCAUCUGGUGUUUCUUCCAUGUUUUGAUUUGAGUUGUGUACGUUAGGGGGGGGGGGGUGUUGUGUUGCAUGCCUUUCGAUGCAUGUGUUCCCAGCAACAUUAUUAAUUGUAGUCCGUUUACGCUUUCUUUGUGUGUGUGUGCGUGUGCUGUUGAUUAAUUGUUGUAGGGCUUCAU